UGUUUUGUAGUGUAAAAACCAUAAAACUGACAUUUUCUGGAAAGAAUAGUGAAUUAAGCGAAUAGAAUUUUGCACCAAGUCGGCUUUGGGGUUUGUCCGAUCAAGCUGCAGAAAUGUCCACAUCCAAUUUCAAAAAUAAAUGUGUCACACAAGUGAACUGCAUCUACUGCGACAGUCUGCUGUGUAACAGAGGCAUGAAAGCUGUAUUGUUGGCUGAUACAGAAAUUGAGCUGUUCUCAACAGACAUGCCCCCAAACAGAACUGUCGACUUUGUUGCAGGCUGUUAUUCCACAGACAGCUGCAAGUGCAAGUUAAGAGACAUCGCCUGCCUUAAAUGUGGGAACGUGGUGGGGUAUCAUGUGGUAGCGCCAUGCAAGCCCUGUCUGCUCUCCUGUAACAAUGGCCACUUCUGGAUGUUCAACAGUGAAGCUGUGUUCACAAUCAAUCGACUAGAUGCAUCAGGGCUGAAUCUGCUGCUGUGGGGAGAUCUACCUGAGCUGGAAGGAAGCGAGGAUGAAAGCACAGACAGCUUUUCAGAAGAGGAAUACCUCAGAUAGAGAGCGUCAGAGGUAACGAACACCCCUCCCCCCAAAUGAACUACUUACCGACAUCAAGAAUCUGCAUUUCAAGCAAAUUCUACAAACACAGACGCGACAAAGACAAAUGCUGAAAGUCUUCAAACAUUUUGCCUGACAAACUUAUCUGCUCACAUUGUUUGCUAGCAUUGCGAUAUACAUUUGAGUAUAUUUUUGCUACAGCAGCUGGUUCGAAUAUAU